UUAAGCCCUAAGUUUUUGAAAGCGAUUUCUUGGCGGAGGAAUGGAUUUGGGAUCGCACUGGGAGCGCGAGAAGAAUGUCGCGAUUUUGGAGCUGGACAGGAAGAACAAAUGCUUGGAAGCCAAGCUGUUGGAAGCUACCAAGGUCGAGAAGAUGCAUCACAGCAUUCUUGAGGCGAUUCACAGUGCGUUUGAAAUGGAGUCUCGAAAGAAUAUGGGUCGGAGUGCUACUACAGACAAUCUUAAGGAGCAGAAGCAUGGGAAAAUUUUGUCUCGGGAUUUUCCAUCCGGAUGGGAAAGGCAAAAGAAUGAGGCCUUGCUAGAGCUUGAGCACCGUAACCGGCAACUGCAAAACUUGCUCAAGUCCAAGGAAAAGAGAGCGGAGGAAACGGAGCGAGAGAACGAGCUCGUUGAAGAAGGUUUUGUUCGAGGAAAAGAGUGCAUGCGGCUCUAUGCACAAGUUCGAGCAAUGCAAGGAUCCCUCGUAAUGCAAGCGCAGCGUAUCUCGCAAUCUCGGCGGCUUCAUGCAGUAAUAUCUUCCUGGCAACGUCUCGUCAUGCAUGCGAGAAAAUCCAAGACUCUUAGGAAGGCUGAAGCAUUAUGGGACCGUCGUAUACUGAGAAAGUCGUUCUCUUCGCUUGCUUCCAGACGUGCCAAGUCUCUCUCCACCAAGAAGCUUGUGGCUAUUGCUGGGAAGCACUGGACGAGAACGAUCUUGCUGCAAACUUUCGAGUUCUGGCUGCUCACCGUCCAUUUGAAGAAGUGUUCAUCCGACAGGCUUGCGGUUUUCAUGGUACUUCAGAGGUCUCGGAUAGCAAGGGUGGCUUUUGGAGCCUGGAAGCUGUUCAAGGGAACUCUGUCAGUGAAAUCGUGCCUAGAGCGCAGAGUCAGAACAUUCUUUGUCCAGCACAGGCUUCAAAAGUCGUGGCGAAGCUGGAGAAGCGACGCUGAUUCAGCUCGUGCAAAUGCUUACGAGGCUACCGAGUUUUCCAAGCUGAGACUGUUGGCGAGAAGUCUGGAGACAUGGAGUACGAAUGCGGGGGAGAGCGUCUUUGAGAGAGCUCAAGUCUUGCGGAUAGAGCAGCACAGGAUGUCAGUACUUCUCCACAAGUCAUUUAGAGGCUGGCUGGGAAUAGCUCACGUCGGAGCUGUGGUACAAAGGCGCUUGACAAAAGCUAUCGUCACCCGGACGAAAAGGAUACUUCUUUUCACGUUCAUUGGGUGGAGGCAGCACGCCAAAAACAAAAGAGAAGUUAGCAUCUGGAGAAAGGCGAUGGUGGUGAAGCAGCAGCUAGAGUUGAGACUUCGCGCCUUCGACUGGUUGAAGUAUCUGUGGACUCGAGGACGCCUGCUAUUGCGUUUAAAAUCUCGACAUUCAUCCAGAAUAAGAUUGGCUAUUCUGAAGGUGUGGUUUCUUACAUCACAGAAUCACAAAGCAUGUCGGCAAAAUCUACAAAAUAUAGCAAACAGAUCUCAAAUCAGGCAACUGAAAGAUAAUUUCCAGCAAUGGUUAUCUUUCGUAGCAGAUUGCAGGAGAGCGGCACUUUUGAAAGAUGGUAGAGUCUUGCAAGCUCGGCUAGAACUUUCUCAGGAAGACCUUCAAAAUGCUCAGAUGAUUCAAGCCGUGAUGUCAAAGACGAUCACAAGUUUGGAGAAAGAAAAAGCCACGAUGGUCCAUUGUAUGGACAUCGUUACGGCCAGAACACCUCCAUGGACUUCCGGCUUUUUAAACGCUGAUCUACGUUGGAGCGCUUCAAGAAGUCCCAGUGGAACUCUCCCAAGUCCUCGUGUUGGUCACACUGCUGUUUCUUUGUGCUUGACGUCUCGCUCGCCAUUGCCAUCUCACCUGGUAGUGACUGGAGGCUACGAUGGGCAGUCCCUUCUCAAGGACAUCUUAGUCUAUCACGUAGACGAAUCAAUGUGGAGAAUACCAGAGCUCAAGCUUAAUAUCGCCGAAGAGUCAUUCCGAUCGGUUCAGCAUCACACAGCCUGCGUACGCAACAACAAGAUCAUAUUCUUCGGCGGAUUCAACGGAGCCGAGGAUUCUUCGGACUUAUUCAUCCUCGAGUUUUCGGAAGAUGGAAAUUCCUGUGAGUUGUCACAGCCAGAGUACAGUGUGGGAAUUGUUCCAGGCCCAAUGUCACAGCACACGAGCUGCGUGAGCAGUGACGACAACCAUAUGAUUGUUUUUGGUGGAUACCGCUCAAACGUGGGACACUUGAACGAGCUAUGGAUGCUAGACUUGCGGUGGAUGGAUUGGCACUUGCCGGACUACUAUCGGGAUCCUCCAGCACCUCGUCGGGGGCAUGGAGCAGUGAUAAUCGGGACUAAGAUGUACGUUUUUGGAGGCUACGACGGGAAGACCAACUUUGGAGACUUUUAUACGCUCGAUCUGGGGACGAUGGAGUGGAACCAAGUGGAGCACUUUGGAGAGGCUCCCACAGCAAGGAGACACCAUGCAAUGGCGGCUGUUGGGAAGAAUCUGGUGCUUUACGGGGGAUACAAUGGCGUUACGUACCUUGACGACGUUUACAGCUUCGAUACAGAGACCUCCUUCUGGAAACGCUGGAAGAUCUUGAAAAGUUCUUCCUCCGGCAGAGACACCGAAAUCUAUGGGAGGUCCAUGCACGCCAUGGUUUCUAUGGGACAGCGCUUUGUUAUAGUUGGGGGUAUACACGAGUAUGGAACUCUUGGAGGCGUGGUUUACCUGGAAAACGGUGCAGCUGUUGAUGGACUUGCGCUGCAAAAGGAGCUCACCAGCGAGCGAUGCAAAGUCGAAACUCUCCAGCAAAAUCUUGCCCAGUACGAGGGAAUGGUGCAUAGAAAGGUGGCCGAUCUCGCGCUUGCUUACUCUAAAAUCGCUGAGUGCCAGGCCGUGUUGAAGGAAGAAGUCAAGGCGAGAAAGGCAGGAGCCGUGAAGCAACAAAUCCUCAUUCAAAAGCUAAAGAAAGUUCGCAAAAAAUCCACCUUGUGGUGAUGAUGAAAGUUCUUCCCCUUUAUACUGAGGUUUUCGCUCUUCGCUCGUCCUUUCUGUCCGAUCCAUUUGGAUUCAGUAGACAUGUCCUGGAGAACAGUUGAUCCAGGAGCGAAGCAAUCUUUCUUGGGAAGAUCACCAGCGAAGCAGGUAGAUGGCAGAAACAGUUCAAGAUCUUGGGAGAUGGUGGGCAUCAUAAACAUCAUGGCUUAGACAAUAAAAGUGAUGGAGGGCAGGAACAACCAUGACCUUCAGGUCUUCAGAACAAGGAAAGAAGAGUGUUCUCUGUGAGCAAUCUCUUUUGUAGGAAGCAAUCUAAGAUACUUUCUUACAAAAUCCUGCUCGUAUCCAGGACAACCACGAAGGCAUCUUUCGACGACAGGGUGGAGUGUGUUUGUAAGCCAGAAGAAGCCGAUACUGUUGGUCAUUAUAAAGUUUUCAAGCCUUUUGAUCUGUUUUUCAUACCGUAAUAAUAUUACGUAGCACGUAGGGGA